AUGGAUCCUGUGACGGCUCUGAGUCUCGCCUGUGGUGCCGUCCAACUCGUCGAGACCGGAGUCAAGAUCACCAAGCAGAUCAAGGAAGUCUACGAGUAUGGUUCGGACUCUGCAUUGGAAAACAUCAGCUUGUGGACCGAUCAACUCUCCACAGGGUGGAGACAGCUCCAACAAGAGGUGCAAAAUACCGGUCCAAUUCGCACUUCGUUCGAUCUUCGUAUUCGGCAGCUGGUGACCACGGCCAUCGAUCACGCUGUGAAGCUAGAAGACUUGCUGAAGCGUAUUGCCCCUCCGCAAGGCCAACCAGAGAAGAGAUCAAAUUACCUUCAACGAACUUUCCGAGCCGUUGCCCAGGUCUCUCGUGCGAAUAUCAACAAGGUUGAGAUCGAACACCUGAGCGCCCGACUACGAGAGUGCAGAUCAGACAUCGAUAGCGCCAUUCUCAAUGUCCUUUAG